GUCCUCCGGGGGCUGCGGGAGCUCCCGGGAGUCUGGCGCCCUGGGGCCGCGGUGCCGGCCCACCAUGGCCUCUGAAGCGGAGAGCGGCGAGCGGCCCAGGCUUUGACGGGGGCUGCGGGGGCUGCCGGAGAGGGGACUCGCCUUGGUUCCCAGUGACCUGACCGCAGAGGAGCGCCAGGAACUGGAGAACAUCCGGCGGAGAAAGCAGGAGCUGCUGGCCGACAUUCAGAGGCUCAAGGAUGAGAUAGCAGAGGUAGCUAAUGAAAUUGAAAACCUCGGGUCCACAGAAGAAAGGAAAAACAUGCAGAGGAACAAACAGGUAGCCAUGGGCAGGAAGAAAUUUAACAUGGACCCUAAAAAGGGGAUCCAGUUCUUAAUAGAGAAUGACCUGCUGAAGAACACUUGUGAGGACAUCGCCCAGUUCUUGUACAAAGGGGAGGGGCUCAACAAGACCGCCAUCGGCGACUACCUGGGGGAGAGAGACGAGUUUAAUAUCCAGGUUCUUCACGCGUUUGUGGAGUUGCAUGAGUUCACUGACCUCAACCUCGUCCAGGCGCUACGGCAGUUCCUGUGGAGCUUCCGGCUACCGGGAGAGGCCCAGAAGAUCGACCGGAUGAUGGAGGCUUUCGCACAGCGCUACUGCCAGUGCAACCACGGCGUGUUCCAGUCCACAGAUACUUGUUACGUCCUCUCGUUUGCCAUCAUCAUGUUGAACACCAGCCUGCACAACCCCAACGUCAAAGAUAAGCCCACCGUGGAGAGGUUCAUCGCCAUGAACCGUGGCAUCAACGACGGGGGAGACCUGCCCGAGGAGCUGCUCCGGAAUCUGUAUGAGAGCAUAAAAAACGAGCCUUUUAAAAUCCCAGAGGAUGAUGGGAAUGACCUCACUCACACUUUCUUCAACCCAGACCGGGAAGGCUGGCUAUUGAAACUCGGAGGUGGCAGAGUCAAGACUUGGAAAAGACGCUGGUUUAUUCUGACCGACAACUGCCUUUACUACUUUGAAUAUACGACGGACAAGGAGCCCCGUGGGAUCAUCCCUUUAGAGAAUCUGAGUAUCCGGGAGGUAGAGGACUCCAAAAAACCAAACUGCUUUGAGCUUUACAUCCCCGACAAUAAGGACCAAGUCAUCAAAGCCUGCAAGACGGAGGCUGACGGGCGGGUGGUGGAAGGGAACCACACCGUGUACCGAAUCUCGGCCCCGACGCCGGAGGAGAAGGAGGAGUGGAUCAAAUGCAUCAAAGCAGCCAUCAGCAGGGACCCUUUCUACGAGAUGCUGGCAGCGCGGAAGAAGAAGGUCUCCUCCACGAAGAGACACUGAGUCUGCCCAACGAGCGGCGCCGGCGUGCGAGGCGUGCGAGGCCCCAGGUUCUUCCUCCCAUCACCCCCACGGACGUGGGGGGGUGGACUGCUGGACAGGGCUGUCCCCUGCUGGGCAUCACCCUGAGUUCCUAGAGACUGGCUUCAGCUUUGCCAUUUGUUUUUAAGUGGGAGAAGGGGAGGAGUUUGCAGGGGGAGGGGGAUCUGACGCCCAUCAGGCGUGGGGUUGGGAGCCUUUCUCUCUCCAAAGAACGGGGCCCCAGUCAGCACGUCACCUCCUUGCAAGUCUCCCGCUGGCAGGUGUGACGGCAGAGCUCGAAGCCAACUGUUUACCUCUCGGUUAUUUCCCUGUGGAGCGGCCUUCCGCCCUGCGCCGUGAACACACGUUGUCGGUAUAUUAUUCUAUGUUCAGAGAGAAGUGGGAUGGAAGAGAAGCCACGUACUAUAAAGAUAUAUUUUUGUUUUUUAAAGAGAGAAAAAGCUAAAGUCGAGCGGUCAGAGGCGUUCUGCCUGGGCCGUGGUGGGAGCCCCCGGUAGCCGCUGGCGGGAGCCGGCUUCUCGGCAGCCGGAGGUCGAGGGCGGUGGACACGGGUGAGGCCGGGCCCCGGGGGCCAGCGGUGGGGCUGGUGCUUCUCCGUCCCGGGUGCUGGGGACGCUGGGGGGAGAGAACCGCUGGGCUUUC